GAUAACUUCUAUCUACUAGAUUCUCUCUCUUAUUUACUCCACAUACACUUCUCUCUAACUUUAGCAUCAUAGGAGGUCCCAGGAUACCUCAUGCGGACCUUUCUUGCAGGACUUUGAGGACCGCCUCUCGUCUACCAAGGACCGCAUGAAGCCAGCGAAGCCUCACAAAACCGCCCGGUACGAACCAGGCACAAACAGUUACCAAGUCCUUCCUCUUCGUGCUUAGGAGGUACGUCGUCUAUCUCUAUUUCCUGUCAGCGUAGAUUGAUUUCUUCUCUUAGAAUUGCCCCGACGCGAGCUUCAGUUCUGGAAUUCGGUUCAAUCCUCAUUCUUACCCCUAAAGUUUCGAUCAAGGGAAGUGGAAUGGAGUUCUAAUUCCGCGUAUUGGGCUCUAUUGAUUGUUUAGUUGGAUUUCCGUUGCAUUUAUUGAAACCUGUUGGUUAGAUGGUCUGGUAUCCGCCGGUUAAUGUUGUUCUAGCUUUUCAAUUCUGCUAAUUUUUUGCUGGAUGGUAGGAUUUUGGGUUGCUGGAGAGGGUUUUAGACAUUUGGAUGGGAACUUGAUUAAAUUUUUUAUUUUGUUCGUUCUGUACUGGCUGCAGGAACUUUGGUUUAUAAAGAAGAUGCCCAACAAGGUUAACCUUUUUCCUUUCAAGCUCGACAUUGAUGAACUCAUCAAUGAGUUUGUUGAGGUACAUUGGAAUUCUGACAUGAUUUGGCUUUUCUUGGUUUCAUUUUCCUUUGAUCACUGAUUGAGACUCACUCAAAUGAUGGAAACUUGCAGGGUCAGUCGACAAGUUUUCCUGACUGGAAGAAAAUAUGGCGUUCCAGGAAGUUUUCAUACAUCUACGAGGUCGCUCCUGCUACACAUUUGGGUUUCUUCAUGCAGUUAUUAUAUGCCCAUACAAUUGGUAAGCUAAGUUUUCCCUUUGCCUUAUCCCUCUCUCUCUCUCUCUCUCUUUCCGGGUAAGGCUUUCCGUUGUUUCUGUUUCAUAGUGCAAGAUUCUUGAUAAAAAUACGAGAGAAGUUAAUGUCCUUGCAUGGAAAAUGCCGUAACGUUUCCGGUCAUUAUAAAACGCCCUGCCUUCACUUGAAGUCUUUGUUCUGGACCUCAAGACUUGAUGGCUUAUAGAAGUGCCCAUGGAUAUUUUGCUCUUGAGAACGACAAAUGUGAACUGAAUUAAGGCUACUGACUAUCAUGCUCGAUUGGAGGGAUAUCUUCCUGGUUAACUCUAUUUUUAUAUCAACACUGGUAUUCUGCUAGCGCUAAGACUAGGCAGGCCUUCCGUUCUCUGACCCUCUUUGCUGAAGCUUCCUGAACUGGGUGUUUGUUAGCUUUUAUUGAUGUAGUUUGGUUUUCUGGAUGAUUAACUGCAUAGGCAAUGCUUAUUUCCAUGGCAGCAGAUAAUUAUUGACAUCAUGUUAAAACUCUACAAUUGUGGACUCAUUUGUGGUUAAUCAUUUCUGGAUGAUUAACUGCAUAGCCAAUGCUUAUUUCCCUUGGUAUGACUACACUUUCAAAGCAAAAACUUCUCUUCAUCUUUAGCGGUCGUUUGCUUCAAGGAUUUUAUAACGAGGGUUUUGUCAUGGAUUUGCCAAUUAAAAACCUUGGGAUUUAUUAGGGAUUUUGGGCAUUAUGGAUUUGAGGAAAUCCUUUGUUUGUUGAGCUAUUUUAUCAUGGAUUUGAUGAGGUGGGCAUGGUUUUUCAACUUGUCUCCAAAUCCUAGGGUAUGAGGUGGGAUUUAUAAAAACCUAGGGCCCAUGGAUUUGGAGCUAAAAAAAACCCAAAUCCGUGGGGCCCACAGAUUUAUCUAAACAUUUUUUGACAAAGCAAACAGCGGAUUGUGUGUAAAUCCAUGAUUGUUGGUUUUUUGGUACCAAAUCCAUGAUGCAAAUCCUUGAAGCAAUUGACCCCUUAAUUUUCCUUUUCACACCUUUCUCAGUUUAAAUAAUCCCAACAACUCUGGUUUGUUUAUUGUACUCCCCCCCCCCCCCCCCCCUGAAGGGGAACUGAAAAAAAUUGAAGAACCUCAUCACUGAAGCCAUGCAAAGAAUGCUGGAAAAGGAUGUAUUUCUGUUUGGGUAUUUGGAUUUAGAAGAAGCUGCUAAAACCGUAGAAAAACUCACGGAGCAGGAUAAUGAAAUAGUGAAGUGUGGUGCUAAGAAGUAAAGCUUUCUUCUGCAUCAUAACCCCUUCCCAUAUAGAUUUUCACACUCAUCUUUAGGGUUUAUUUUCUAUAUAUUACCUGAUUUUGUGUUAUUACUCUCUUUUGAUUCACAGGUUAUUUAAGAGUACCAGGAUUGAGCACUUCCUACACUUUGACAUGGGAAGGGAAUUGGGUCUAGACGAGUUGAAGAAAUUAUCUACAAAAUAUGCAGAGUCGAAGCAACAUGCAAUUGAAGAAGCCCGGAAGGUGGUAAACGUGCAAGACGUGGAGCAUCUUGAAAAUGCCAAGGAACUGGUUGGUGACAAAGUGGAGAAGGUGAGCGAGAGCUGGAAUGCCCAGAAGGAACAAUUUUACGACAAAACAGGAGUGAGGCCCACUGAGCAACAGGCUCAAUAUGAUUAUGAUUCCGACAAUAAUGAUGAUGAAUAUACUCGUGAGCUGGAGUUGGAAUUGCAGCUGUUUGACGAAGAAUUGGAUGAGCAAUGAAGCAGGGACAAUAUUUGGUUAGGGACUAAUCGACCAGUGAAUAUCCGUCGAAACUCAAAAAGUCCCUUUUUGAUUCAUAGACUAAUCCCAUUAGAGAAGUUUUAUUCUAACUUGAGGAGAACUUCAGAAGAACUUCAGGAGAUUUUGAGCAUUUCAAAUUCCUUGCACUCUUUUUACGAGAAAAACAAUGUCAUUACAAAGUGGAAAAGGUGAGCAAGAGCUGGAAUACCAAACAGGAGUGAGGACCACUGAGGAACAUGCUCAACAAGAUUAUGAUUCUGACAAUAAUGAUGAUGAAUAUACUGAAAUAUCCCUA